AUGACAACUGAGGUCUCCAAUACGCGGCUCUACCUGGGCAACCUUCCUCGCAAUGCUACCAAGGCCGAUAUCGAGGCUCACUUUGCAACUCAUGGCACCGGAGACAUCACCGAGGUCAAGCUGAUGAAUGGCUUUGGCUUCAUCGAGUACAAGGAUCCCAUGGAUGCCCGAGACGUCGUUCCGGAUGGAUCCGACUUCAUGGGAGAGCGUCUUACUGUUCAGUUUGCCCGUGGACCGCGACAGAGAGAAGGUGGUUUUGGCGGCCAUGAGCGCGCUCCACCACGACCUCGACGAACUCCUCAUCGGAUGCAAAUAACCGGGCUUCCAAACGAAACCAGUUGGCAGGAUCUCAAAGACUUUGCGCGUCAACCCGGCCUUGACGUGGUGUAUUCCGAGACGGGACGAGACUCUAACGGUAGGGGCUUUGUUGAGUAUGAGACCGCUGCCGAUCUUCGAACCGCUGUAGAGAAGCUCGAUGGUCGAGAGUUCAAGGCAAACCGUGUCCAAUGUGUUGCCGACGUUAGUUGUCCCGGCCCCUCUUCUUCGCUCCCCUUCAAGUACGUCAUCCACAAGUCAAGGCCUUUUGCUGAUGCCUAUCACCAGACUCAGCCAGACAUGCCCGCCCGAGAUGGUCGCGGUCGCUCACGUUCGCCUGGCGGUGGGGGUGGCCGACGGCCUUACAACAACAUGCCCCCCCGAUUUGACGAAUACGAUCGACGUGGUCCCCCCCCUCGAGGCUACAACCGAGACCCCGGUCCUUAUGGCUAUCGUGAUCGAAGUCCCAGGCGCGACUAUUACGAAGACAGAGCCCGCUACCGCUCUCCUCCCCGUGGACCUGCCCCCGUGGAGGACUACCCUCCGGCUCGUGGGCGCUACGAGGACCCAUACCGCCGAGACUACCCUCCCGCUCCGUCCGAACCUUAUCCCAGCGGUCGUCAGUACGAUCGACCUCCCAGGGACUUCCCCCCUCGAGAACCUGCGUAUCCACCGCGUGAUGGCUACGCUCGCGAAUAUGACAGAAGUGGGCGCUACUGGUAA